AUGCUUGUCGCUACAAAUGGAAUUGCUGCUGUUCGUUGUAUACUUUCUAUACGAAAGCUGCUCAUGCAACUUUUCCGUAAUGAUCGUAUAAUAAAAUUCAUAUGUCUGACUACGGAGCAGGAAAUUCGAUCAAAUGCUGGUAAGCGUCCGCAAAAUCGUUUAUAUCACAUGCGCCAUGUUAUGAUUCCUGUCCUGGGUGAUUUGAAUCCCCUCACGUGUGCUUCUGGUUUCCUUUUUUCCGAUAACAUUCAAUACCGGACAGAUUGA